UACGUUCGAGUUCAUCACCGUUCCCCGGCCGCUGACUUUGAAGUCUGCACAGUCUCGCUAGUCGCUGGCCUCAGUCUCACGCCGCACGCGUUUUCCGGCCGUCGCACGUUUCCUCCCGCGUUGAUUAUGAUAUUUUUCCAGUGCACCGACAAUUGGUUCGUCAGCUUCCUGUGCUUGUGCGGUUGUCUGCAGUGACAAUAUUCGUCAAUAAUAAUAUAAUAAUAUAUCGAUAUCAUCGUAUUAACUCUACACGGGCACAGUCGACUGGCUUGCGACGCUCGAAACUAACGAGCAGUUGAUAAUAUAUUUUUCCGCGGAGCUUUAUGUCCUGUUGCAGCUGACAGACCGUGGAUUAUACCUACAACAGAUAUGAAAACCGACAAGGUUUAAUCGUAAUAACAUGCCAAGUUGAAAAACGGCAAAUAAUGUCAUCGACCGAGGACGAAAUAUGGUUGUCUAUCGGAAUGGUUGGAAAAUAUAUUGGUUGUUAGUAGUGAUAUUAGUGCAGUUUUCUACUGCCAACAAGCCCCCACAAUUUGUCACUGACUGGCAAACCGAAAUUAUUGUUCGGCUGAAAGAGGGUCCUGAAACUCCUAUCGGGAGUCUCAUUUAUCGAGUUCGUGGUAUUGAUCCCGAUGCUGACAAAUUAAUUUUUGGUGUCCGAGAGCCAGGCGAUAAAGUUAUUAGAGUUGAAAAUUUUGGCAGAAGUGAAGCUAAUAUUUAUCUAAAAAUUGAAUUAGAUCGUGAGACCAAAGAUGAAUAUUCACUAGUGUUGACAUUGACUGAUGGUCACUUGGGAGAUGGAAAUUUCAUUACUCAGAGUUUUCUAUUAAUUGUGGAUGAUAUAAAUGACAAUGCACCUAUAUUUAAGCCAUAUCAAAACACAAUAUUUGUACCAGAGGACAGUCCGCCCACGGUGAUUGCAACGGUUGAGGCCACCGAUGCAGAUGAAGGCCCAUAUGGACAGGUGGUUUAUCAUUUACAAGACUCGGAUUCAAUAGAAAGUAGUUUAUUUUCUAUAUCUACUGUAAAUGGCCAAGGCGUAAUACGCCUCGUGGGAAGCUUGGAUUAUGAAAAAACAUCACUGCAUCAAUUGAAAAUUUUAGCUAUUGAUCGUGCAACCGUUGAAAAGAGGAAAACCGGCACAGCUGCCAUAUUUGUUAAAGUUCAAGAUGUCGAAGAUCAACCUCCUGAGUUCGUUGUUGUAACACCGGUAGCAAGAGUAAGCGAAGAUGCACCACCAGGGACAUCAAUAAUUCAAGUGAAAGCAAUUGAUGGAGAUCGUGGUAUAGAUAACCGCAUUGUGUAUUCAAUUACACGUGGGGGCAAUGGAAUGUUACAAGUUGAACCAAAUUCUGGUAUUGUCUACACAACGAACGUUUUGGAUCGGGAGGAUCCACUUAUUAUUAAAACUGGUGCCAUUAUUAUUGAGAUUAUGGCCACUGAAGACUCAAAGAACGUGUUCCCUAAUCCUUCAACAAAAACAGAAGUCACCGUAAUCGUUACGGACGUAAAUGAUGAAACGCCAACAUUUCGUAGUCCUCAAUAUAUUGCCGAAGUUAACGAAAAUGCCCAACAAAAUACCCCCGUGAAUUUUAUUGGAGACUCAAUACCCCAAGUGUAUGAUUACGAUCAAGGUAAAAAUGGAACGUUCCGUCUACGAAUCCAACAAGGACGAAUUGGAUACUUCGAUAUUACACCUUCCGAAGGAAUAAACGAAGCGUCAUUUCUGAUACGUGUGAAUAGGACAGCUGAUUUAGACUAUGAACUUGUUAAGGUUAUUAACUUUACAAUCGUCGCCAUUGAAACAAUAGCUAAAAAUCCAAAAUAUAGUGUUGUGCCUGUUUCUGUUUAUAUUCGAGAUGUUAAUGAUAACUACCCAGAGUUUUCACGUCCUAUUUAUGAAGUUUUUGUUUCUGAAAAUUCUGUAUCGGGUAAAACUAUUGGGAAAGUUGAAGCCACCGAUAAAGAUUCUGGUGUCUUUGGAACAAGCGGUAUACGAUAUACAAGUAUAAGAGGAAGUUGCGCAGAUUUUCUUAAACUAAAUGCGGAAUCUGGAGAAAUUAUAAUAAAAUCAGACAGACCUGUAUUUGAUCGAGAACAAAUAUCUAAACACUUUUUAACAAUCGAAGCAAGGGAUGAUUUAGGUUUAGGAAAUAGAAAUUCUGUUCAGUUGAUUAUUAACGUGGAAGAUGUUAAUGAUAAUUCACCGCGAUUUCUUUCUUCUAAGUAUGAAACACGACUUAAAGAAAAUCAUCUGAUCUUCGAAUCACCUGUGACCGUGGAAGCAAGAGAUUUAGAUUUAAAUGGCACUAAAAAUUCGGAAAUAUCAUAUCGCAUAUUGCAUUCUGACUAUCCGGUUGAAUGUUUUUCAAUUGACUCCGUUACGGGCGUUCUAAAACCUAUAAGGCCAGUAGACUUUGAAAAGCUACAAAAUCGAAAGAGUACUAACAAUAUUAACGGAAAUCUAAGACCAAUCAACUUGGUGAUCCAAGCACAAGAUCACGGUUUGCCAUCGCUUUCCGAUGAAACUCAUGUAGUUGUAUACGUAGAAGAUGUUAAUGAUUUUGGACCAACAUUUGAAAGCAGCAGUUAUGAAACAAUUAUUUCUGAAGAUUUAGUUGGCGGCAGCACUGUAUUAGAGGUAAAUGCUUGGGAUGAAGAUGGAUCUGCUCCAAACAACAUUGUAGUGUACAGACUUAGUAGUGGAGCAGAAGAUAAAUUUGUGAUCGAUGCAUAUUCAGGUGUGAUAAAAGUUGCACAUGGGGCAUCUUUGGACCCAGACAAAACUCAACCAAAGACAUAUGCAUACUAUUUAGAAGUAGUGGCAAUUGAUGGAGGAAUUGGAGACCAACAACUCAGUUCUAUUGUAAACGUAACAAUUAAAAUUCAAGAUGUAAAUAAUAAGCCCCCAUUUUUCAAAGAAAUGGAACCGGUUCACGUGAAAGAAAACGAAUUGGUUGGUAGUGUAAUUAAGAAAGUUGAAGCAGAAGAUCCAGAUGCGAAACCGGUAUUGAGGUAUAAAAUCGAUGUGAACGCUUCAGAAGCUAGAAAUGAAGAUGGAGUUAUCAUUAGACCGACAGAUUAUGAUUGGCCAUCGGCAUUUGCUUUAAACCCCGUAGAUGGUUAUCUAAGAGUGGGCAAGCUACUUGACAGAGAAAAAGUUGAAACUAUCCGGUUAGCACUCGUAGUAGAAGACAUUGCUGCAGUUAAUGGCAAACAAAUUGUUCAAACUAUUUUAAUUGUCCAUGUCGAUGACGAAAACGAUAAUGACCCAGUGUUCCGUCAAAAGUUUUAUAAAAGAACUGUGAUGGAAAAUAGCCAACCUGGUGUACCUAUUAUCACCGUGAUGGCAGACGAUGCCGAUAAAAACAGAACAAUCCAUUAUUCGAUAGAAGAUUCGUCAAUGGAUGCCACAGAUUUAAUUAGACUAGAUCCCGAGUCUGGGGAAAUUGUCGUAGCUGGUCGUAUCGAUCACGAGCAAGUACAUUGGAUAAAUGUUAGUGUUCGAGCAUCGGACAGCGGAGUUCCAGCUCGGUAUUCGUUUGCAGACGUUAUUUUACGUGUAAUCGAUGAAAACGAUAACAAUCCAUAUUUUAUUGAAGAUACACCCACCAACAUAACAAUUCCAGAAAACACGCCAAUCGGAUCGUCGGUAGCUAUAAUUACAGCAAUGGACGCAGAUUCCGGCGAUUUUGGUAAAAUAACAUACUUAUUAGAUCGUCUAUCAUCACAGGGUAAAUUUACAAUUGAUACAAAUAACGGAGUAUUGAAAGUAGCUGAUACGUUGGAUAGAGAACAGACGAGUACCUAUAAUUUAAUUGUCGAGGCAUGGGAUAAUUAUCAGUUCGGAUACAUUUCCGGCGAAAGUCGGAACGCCUUCAAACAAAUUAUGGUGACGGUUUCCGAUAUAAACGACAACGCUCCGUUGUUCGACCAUUUACCUUCCGAGUGCGUUGUUGUCACAGAGUUUCAUACCAUUGGUGAUAUGAUUUUAUUAAUAAAAGCUACAGAUGCAGAUGAUCCGACCACGGUUAAUGGUCGAAUAAUGUUUUCUAUCGAAGAUGGAAAUGAAAGAGAGUUAUUCGGUUUACAUAAUGUUGAUUAUUGGUCUGGUCGCUUAUAUACAACUUCGUCGUUGAAAAACCUCUAUGGAAAUUACAGCCUCCUUAUUCGAGCACAGGAUGGUGGUGAUCCUCAAAAAUCAAGUUUAGCCACCGUGAACGUUUGUGUCACAGAUGUCAAUGACAAUGCACCCCGUUUCGUGUCGCCUCCAUACAAUGUAACCGUUAGGUUGCUUCAAAAUAUGACAAUUGGAAGCCCGGUAAUUACAGUGAAAGCUAUUGAUGACGAUGUCGGCCAAAAUGCAGAAGUUAGGUAUCGUUUUAAACAGGAUCUAAUGGGUGAUUGGAAGACAUUUUUGGUGGACGAGAUAACCGGAUUAAUCACAUUAAAAAAAUCAUUGAACAAAGAAAUCCAAAAAACCUACCAGAUUCGUAUAGAAGCUUAUGAUCUUGGUACACCAACACCCCUAUCGUCUGAUUUAGAACUUACAAUUCACGUGCGGAGUACUAAUGACUUUCAACCUAGAUUCUUAAUUGAUGAAAUCACCGUAAAUUUCACUGAACAUCGUGAACCAGGAUCUGAAUAUUGGCAGCUUAUUGAUACAGUUGAUCGAGAGGAAUUAAACGAUUUAGAAAAAACACCACCUCCAGUUUGUUACUAUGUGAUAUCUGGAAACGAUGAAAACCGAUUUAUUGUUGAACCUCUUAACCAUAGGAUUUCUGUUGCUUCUGAACUCGAUCGUGAAGUUAAAGAAACCUAUGAACUACUUGUGAAAGCUAGCGAAGAUUGUUUGCACUCUCCGCCACCGAGUCAGGGUUUUAUUCAAGAUGAUGAUAGUUUACUUAAAGUUUUGGUUUUUGUUAACGAUAUAAAUGACAACGCACCGGAAUUUGUGAAAAGAGUAUUUACGGGUGGCGUGACUACAGAAGCAGAUUUUGGCGCAGAGUUUAUGCAAAUAAAGGCAAUCGAUGCGGAUAAAGGAAACAAUGCUGAAUUGUCAUACUACAUUGUUCCUGGUUCUUUGGAAGUAUCACUAGCAGAAGGACUGGAUAGCAUACAAUAUCCCCCAUUUUUGGUGGACAUAGCUACGGGAGCAAUAUAUUUAAAUUUUGAUCCUCAAAAGGGAAUGAAAGGUUACUUUGAUUUUCAAGUGGUAGUUAAUGACACCGGUGGGUUAUAUGAUACGGCACGAGUACUCAUAUAUUUGUUGCGCGAAGACCAGAGAGUCAGGUUCGUCGUGCGACAAAAUCCAUCGCAACUACGGGAGAAAGUUGAAAUAUUUAGAGAAAUCUUAGGAAACGUUACUGGAGCUGUAGUUAACGUUGAUGAGUACAAAGUUCACGAAACCCAAGACGGGAGAGUAGACAAAACAAGAUCGGACAUGUACUUACAUUUCGUCGAUCAUCAAGAUAAUUCCAUCAUGGAAGUUCCACAUGUGUUGCGGAUUAUAGAUGAAAACAUCGAGCAUCUAGAUUCGUUAUUUAAAGAGUUCAACGUACUCGAUACACAAGCAGCUGAGCCGGAACCACUGCGUCGAGCUUCAAUGAAAGAUGACAAUGUGAUUUGGAUGUGGUUGGUCGGAACCACUUUUUUCUUGGGGUUACUAUUAAUAGUCGUCGUAUCCAUUUGCCUGUCCCAACGUUCGAACUAUCGUAGACAACUGAAAGCGGCCACUAUAAACGCAUUCGACCCUAGAACUCCAGAUCAUGUUAAUUCAGCCGCAAUCGGUGGACGCGUACCGAAUACGAACAUGCACAGUGUGGCAGGAUCAAAUCCUAUGUGGAUGCAGGCGUAUGAAAACGAAUGGUACAAAGACAGAGAGACUUUAAGUCAAACGUCGGAGCGCGACUCUUUGGACGACAACACAACCACUAGUACGACGUCGCCUCAGCCAAUAGAGCGAUCAACGACUACAUUAUUUAUCAAAAGUAACGAGUGUAACAUACACACGGACAGUACUGACGACUAUUACGAACGGACUAGAAUCACCGUGAAGAACCUGGAAACUACAGAAUUAUGACAUUAGAUUGAACAAGUACGGUUAGGCAACUUCAGUUGGAGACCGCCAACAUUCCACCAAGCUCAAGACACGGCGGCCCGGCCGGAGAAUAUACCUAUAGGCUACAACGAUUAGCGAUGUAUUUUUUUUAAUUUUAUACAAAAUAAACCUAAUGUAUAAAAUAUAUAUUUAGUGAUAAGGCUGAUUCCAGAUCUUUAUGUAUUCUAUAGAAUGGGCAAACUGCAAUACUGUUGAACGAUAACUAUAGUCUUAAGAGAAUAACGGAUCGUCAAAAUAUUAUGUUCUCUUGAGAAAACUCAUUAUUUAUAGGUUUAAUAAUUAUAUGAUAUUGUUAAACAAUUAUUUUGAGACAAGUCCCAAUACUGUGCCUACCUUUGAAUUACCAACUACUUAUUUAUUGUUAUAUUGUUAUUAAGGAUAUUAUUUCAAACGGUUCGUUUUUAAGGAGUUUAAUAUAGGCAAUAUAAAGUAGAAGUGUGAGAGAGUAGUUGAUUGUGUGUUUUAAAACUUAAAAUAAUCAUUAGUGUGCGUAUGAGAACGUGCAACUAUCAUGCACAUACACACAGCAUUUUUUUUUGCUGAACGAAUAAAUAUAAUAUAUACCUACUUUUCAUCAAUCAUACAGUUUGAUCCUUUUAUCAGAAGACUUCUAAAAACAAAUUGUCAUUCGUUAAUUGUCUUUAUUAGGGCUAUAAGGACUUCUGAAAAGCUGUAGAAAAAUCUGGCUGAUGACAAUUAAUUAAUUUAAUAACACAAGAGGGUUAUGUUUAAAAUUGUAUUUGCAUAUUUUUACACAUUUUGUCGUUAUUGCAUAAAGAUGCAUAAUGCAUUUUUAAGUAUAUCUGACAAAGUAAAUGCAAAUGUGAGUAUGAAGUAAACUUUGGUUGUCCGUCAUAAUUUAUUUGCUGUUGCUGCGUGUUGGUUGAUUAUAGAGUAAUUAUUUUUUCAAGUUUUUAUCAAUUAAUUAAAAUUAUAUUUUUUCACAUAAAUUUUGUACAAAAGUUGGACCAACACCUUCCACAUAAAUUUCGGUAAACUUCGUGAGAUAUUCCUACUUGGAAAAAUAGUAUUGCUUUAUUAGUUUGAUUGUUAUGAAUGUAGUAUUGAAAAAAUAUAGGUAUGUAUGGGUACAAAGUUAUGCCCAUUUGAAAUCUCUUAAAAUAAUGUUAAUUGGGUAAAUUAAAUUAGUUUUAACUUAGAUAAAAUUGUACACCUUUAUGAAAUUCAAAACACUGUAAACAGUAAUCCCAAAUUCAAUAGGUUAAAGCAUUUAGUAAUGUCCGAGUUUCAGUUUAAGUAAAAAAUGUUUUCCUCUGACAAACCAUUUGAAGCCAUAAGCACAAUACUAUAUUAGACUAUAACCAUUCUAUAAGCACGUUUGUCAUAAACCGUAUGUUUUACGGUUAGUUUUAACUAUUACUAGUUAUUAGAAUAUUUUUUAUUGUUGUUAAUGAACAUAAUAUCCAAAUAAUCAUUGUGUGAAUACCACGGACGAUACUACUUGACCAUUUUCAUAGGCGGAAAUCUGGUAAAAUUAUUAGGUGUGGGGGAAGGGGCAAUCGGCAAAAAAUAAUACCUCUAUAAUAAUAUGAUAAAAAAUUUGUUUUUAAAUUAGCGAUUUUCGCUAUUUCUCGCUCAAAGAAUAUUAUUAAAAUUUAAUAAUAAAUAAAAUGGUACUUAAUUAAUGAAUUAACCAUCUGUGAAUACAAAGGAAAUCAAUAUCUCGAAAAUGUGGAAACUAUUUUAUAUACAUCAAAAUAAUGAAAAUGUAUAAAAUAUUGAAUUUAAAGCAUUUGAGUUUAUGUACUUAUAUAAAUAAUUUUACAUAGAAUAUCCAAAAAUUCAAGCACCUCUAAUGCGGGAGGAAAUACUACGUAAUUUAAUUUAUUUUUGAGUGAACUAUAGCGAGUGCACGUGAUUUACGGAACUGUUAAAAAAUAAGAAAUUUUUUGUUCAACCAAACAUUUAUUUGAAUAUUUAAAUACAUUUAGUUAUUAUUUUUUAAAUAAAUCUAUCUAUUGAUCACCGUUUUCCGUGGCCAAGAUUCAUAAAUCUAAAAUGUUUAAAUUAUUUACCAAUCGUUUUAGAAGGGUAGGAUGACUUUUUAUUGAGAGGGGGGCUGCCCCCCCCCCC